AUGGAGACGCCGCAGCAUUCCAAGAGGCACAGGAAGAGAGAUUCAGACCUGCUCGCAGAAGUGCCCGACCCUGUCAUCCAGCUUGAUUCUAAGCAGCCAUCUUCAGCAGCAGGUUCCGAUAACUUGCUUUCAAGGAUCGUGCUGGGGCCCCUAACAAUGAUCUCCUUUUUGUUUUCGCUUUGUGUCGUUGACAGCCAGCAACGUGCAUGGCGUCUUGCGCAACGAGCCGAUAGCGAGCCAUGGCCGUUAUGGAAAAGACUCUCGCCCUGGACGUGGUGGAACGCAGAACCUUAUCAAUCUUCUCAUGACUCCACCUGGCAACAUGCUGUACCAGCUACCAGCUUGUCGGAUGGUGCAGAUGGGACCGUUCCCGCUGCUGCGGUGGAUACAGACCACUGGUUCACACGAAAGAAGCACAGGAAGAUGGCCAAACUUACCGUCUCGGACGCAAUUGACAUGAGGGAAGGCAUGGCUAUGGUGCUUGUCACAGCAGCCUUAAUAGGCCUAGUUGUCGUUUUAUGGCUUGCAAAACGCAUGCUGUCAUCAAUUGCAUGA